UUUUUUCCUUUCUCUCAGAUCUGCUUUCUUCUCACUCUUACAUCAUUCAACCUUUAUAUUCUCUUCAAUCAAAACACCAGCAAGCAAGGAUUCUAUUAUUACACUUUCUCAUGCCUAAUCUUCUUCUUUGCAGACAACAACACCAUAAAACAUCAUGGCUUCGCUACCUGCAUCUGGAGUAAGAGAACCUACUGGAACUACACUUGCUGCUCAAACCUUACCUAAUGAGAUGAAUGACAUGAAAAUCAGGGAUGACAGGGAAAUGGAGCCUGCAAUAGUUGAUGGCAACGGGGCUGAGACAGGCCACAUAAUCGUCACAACCAUUGGUGGUAGAAAUGGCCAGCCAAAACAGACAAUUAGUUACAUGGCCGAGCGCGUUGUUGGGCAUGGAUCAUUUGGAGUUGUCUUUCAGGCCAAGUGCUUAGAAACCGGAGAAGCUGUUGCCAUUAAAAAGGUUCUGCAGGACAAGAGGUACAAGAAUCGAGAACUACAAACCAUGCGCAUUUUGGAUCACCCAAAUGUUGUUGCCUUGAAGCAUUGUUUCUUUUCAACGACAGAAAACGAACAACUCUAUCUUAACCUUGUAUUAGAGUAUGUUCCUGAGACCGUUCACCGAGUCAUUAAACACUACAACAAGAUGAACCAAAGAAUGCCCAUGAUCUAUGUGAAACUAUAUGGUUACCAGAUUUUCAGAGCCCUGGCCUACAUUCAUGGUAGUAUUGGAGUGUGUCACAGGGAUAUCAAGCCUCAAAAUUUAUUGGUAAACCCACAUACCCAUCAGGUCAAGCUAUGCGACUUUGGAAGUGCAAAAGUUUUGGUAAAAGGAGAGCCAAACAUAUCUUAUAUUUGUUCAAGGUAUUAUCGAGCACCUGAACUAAUUUUUGGGGCCACCGAGUACACCACAGCAAUAGAUAUCUGGUCUGGUGGAUGUGUUUUGGCAGAGUUGCUGCUUGGACAGCCUCUUUUUCCUGGUGAGAGUGGAGUUGACCAGCUUGUGGAAAUCAUAAAGGUUUUGGGUACCCCAACAAGGGAAGAGAUCAAGUGCAUGAACCCCAACUAUACAGAAUAUAAGUUUCCCCAGAUUAAAGCUCACCCUUGGCAUAAGAUAUUCCAUAAGCGGAUGCCUCCAGAAGCUGUUGAUCUUGUCUCAAGGCUCCUGCAGUACUCCCCAAAUCUUCGAAGCACAGCUUUGGAGGCAUUGAUCCAUCCAUUCUUUGAUGAGUUACGUGAUCCUGCUACAAGGCUGCCAAAUGGGCGUUUCCUUCCACCACUUUUCAAUUUCAAGCCUCAUGAGCUUAAAGGGGUGGCUGUGGAGAUGCUUACAAAGUUGGUUCCGGAACAUGCCAGAAAGCAUUGUGCAUUCCUUGGUUUGUAAAAGGAACGAAGGAGGAGUUUUGUUCAUUUUUACUGCCUAGAACUAAAAGCAGAUCAAGUUAAAUGUUAUCCCGACCCUUGUGAAAUGGAAAAUGUAAAUGUAACCCUAUAUUCAGUGCAUCAACUCUCCUUUUCUGUGUGUAUGUGCAAGUAUAAAUUGAGAACAUAGUUUGAAGGUAUAUGAAGCAUGUAAAGUUUCUGUAACUGCUUGACUGUUGUGUAAUUAAAGUCUAUGAUCUAUCUACUCUCUCAUUUGCAUUGA